AUGGGGGGGGGGAAGGCCAUGCGUGUCUUCACCGUCCCAAUAUGCUCUCCACCCUCAAGGACUUUGCAGCCGUGGCCUUCAGAUCUGGCAGGGUCCCCUGCCGCGAAGAGUCACGUGGAAGAGUGGGCGGCGCGCCCGUCGUGCGCAGGGUCCCUUGUCACGGAGAGUCACGCUACAGUGCGGGCGUCGCGCCAGUCGGACGCGCGUCCAUCACGUGCAUGUCAUUUACAUGCGGGUUUUGCGAGCUCGAGCUCGCGCAGUCGGGGGAAAAAACCCUCAAGGACUUUGCAGCCGUGGCCUUCAGAUCUGGCAGGGCCCCCUGCCGCGAAGAGUCACGUGGAAGUGCGGGCGGCGCGCCAGUCGUGCGCAGGGUCCCUUGUCACGGAGAGUCACGCUACAGUGCGGGCGUCGCCCCAGUCGUGCGCGUCCAUCCCGUGCAAUUCAUUUACAUGCGGGUUUUGCGAGCUCGAGCUCGCGCGGUUGGGAACAACAAAAGAAGACGACCCAAGAGAGGGCGAAAUCAUUCCGAAGCUUCUGGACCGUACCCUGGAUGUGCGCAGAGCCGGCCUUGGGCUCCGUUUAGCGAUAAGGACGUUUCACGUGCUGUGCCUGUCGCUGUUACAGCAUGUACUUCAGUUCUACCCGCCCUCCAGGGAAUUGGAGAGUAGAUAUAAGCGGUGUGCGCAGAUGCUUACUAACGGCCCGUGGAAUGCCAUGCCCCAUGAGUUGCUCGAAGGUCUUGCCUUAUGUGGAGUGAAGAAUGGUAUCAAGCAUCUGCCACAUGUCAGUCUUGCUGCCCGUGCACGGCGCGCCACUUUCUGCCCUGACUUCCGCUCUGAGCUUGGGAUCGUCAGACACUUUAUGAGAUCUGAUGAGUGCUGUAUUGCUAGGUGCUUUGAUGGUUUCUGGUGGAAGAGGAGUAUUACUUAUCAGAUUCAAUCAGGUCCGUCUUGCGUGCCGAGGCUUGUGUACGUCCUCACAUUCGAUUUGCGAUGCAUUCUACUUCUUGCGCAAUGCCUGGAGGCUUCGUGCAAAUGUGCAGCCAAGUUUAAUCUUUGCUUCCAGGGUCCGUGCGCAGUGUCGCAAGCACGGGGCGGUGCAAGCGGCGUGGAACCUGGGUCCCGGCCGGCCCCAGAGCCGCCGAAGACGGCGCACCCCAUCGCAUCAUGA